GGGGGAUGGCAAAGAUGGGUGUACCUCCCUGCACCUCCCCUCUCCUCCCUUCCCCCAAAUCUCUCUUCUUCCCAAAAAUUGGGUUUUAGGAUGAUCUGGAUGAGAUAUUGUCAGCACUAUUUGCUGCAAGCAAUAAGGGUGAACGGCUAUCCAGCAACUAAAGAAAACUGUCAGCUUUUCAAACGACUCUCUCCAGGACCUGAGAUGUGACCUGGUGAGAUCUACCUGAGGGACCCAUUUCCUCCUGAUCAUUCAUGAUCUGGAGAGUGUCACCUGGGCUGAUGUACCUGCAGAUGCCAAGUGAGCAACCAGAUUCUUCAUUCCCACCUUGGGAGAAGGGCAAGUGAGCCCAGGCAGGAUAGGUGAGGGAAGGGAUGGCUCCAGGUGAGUGAAAAUAGCUGCGGAACGGAGGGAGACAUUCCCAGACUUGCGACUCCCAUUCUAUCCUAUGUUUGGGGAAAGCGAGAUGCCAGGAAUGAAGAUGGAACUGGAGGAGACUCUAGGGUUCACAGCAGGCAUGGCCCUGAGCGAAACAAGGGAUGCUUCCCCUGUUGCUCACAUGCACAUUAAAGAAGAACCUGUGGAAGGCCCUUCGUCCCUCCCAUGGGAAACCCAGUGGCAGGACUUCCUCAAGGUGGUGCAAAACCCUCUGUCUAGAGAAGGCAAGAUACAACUGCCAGAGGAUGAGACAAAGUCUUCCUUGCCUGUCUUUGAGGGAGAAGCAGCCGCCAGCCAGGGAACUACAGAGGAGAGUAGGGCUGGACUCCUUCCUACUUUUAAUGGAAUGGCCCAUCUGUCUGAUAGCAGGCCAGACCCUAAAGAUGGCAAAGGAGACCAUGGGCCAAGAGAAGAGAUCAAGAUGGAGGAUGCCAUCAGCUUGGAGGUCCAGUGUCAACACUUCAGGCAGCUCUGCUACCAGGAUGUCCAGGGGCCUCGCGAGGUUUACAGCCGACUCCGGGAACUUUGCAUCCAGUGGCUGAAGCCAGAGAGGCACACAAAGGAGCAGAUCCUGGACCUAGUUAUUCUGGAGCAAUUCCUGGCUAUCCUGCCCUUAGAAAUGCAGAACUGGGUUAAGGGGAGAGGCUCUGAGAGCUGUUUCCAGGCUGUGACCCUUGCAGAAGAUUUCCUCUUAAAGUACCAACAGGGAGAGAAACCAGAACAGCAGGUACCAGGAAUGUUCCAGGAAGAUGCUGUGAUACUCCCAGGAAAAGGGAUGACCCCAGAACACUCUUUGAGGGAACUCAGCAGUGAGCUCAAGCAAGAGAAAGAGGGAGCUGGCACUAUACUGGGUGACAGGGAUCAAGAUGGGAAUGAUGGAGAAAUGUUCUGGGUAUCACCAGGAAGAAGAAUGGGUCAAGAGCAGGAAAUACAUCCUGGAAACAAAGACAGGGUAGAGAUGUUUCAGAGACAUGAAACAGAGAGAUGGAGAAAGAACUUCAUCUCUUGCCUGGAUGGCAAUGCCUGUGAAAGAUCAGCACAAGGAAUAUUCAAAAGGAGGAGGAGAAGCAAAGGCAAUAUGAGUGAGAAUCUUUUCCAAGAUGCAUCAAACCUUAAUGAAGUCAAUGGAGGAGAGAAAUCGCAUAAAUGCUCGGUCUGUGGGAAGGUAUUCCGGAGACGCUCAGACCUUAAUAGUCACCAGAGAACUCACACAGGAGAGAAACCCUAUACAUGCUUGAACUGUGGGAAGAGAUUCAAUCGUAGCACAAAUCUUAUCUCUCAUCAGAGAAUCCACACAGGGGAGAAACCGUAUAAAUGUGCUGACUGUGGCAAAAACUUUUGUCAUAAAUCGGGCCUGAUCAGGCAUCGGAGAACCCACACAGGAGAGAAACCAUACACAUGUUUGGAAUGUGGGAAGAGCUUCAGUCAAAGGCAACAUCUUAUAACACAUCAGCGAAACCACACGGGAGAGAAACCGUUUACCUGCUCUGAAUGUGGGAAAAGUUUCAGCCAGAGCCAGCACUUUAUUACACACCAGAGGAACCACACAGGAGAAAAACCGUUUGAAUGCAUGGAGUGCCGCAAAAGAUUUUGUGACAAAUCUACCCUUAUUAGACAUCAGAGAAGUCACAUUGGGAAGAAACCUUUUAAAUGUGUCAAGUGUGAAGAAAGUUUCUAUCGCAGCAAGCAUCUUAUCAUGCACCAGAAAAUUCACAUCCAACCUUCACUUGUCUGAUCUGAGGGCCAUUUCUAUGUUUGUGUGUAUAAAUUACUUUUUUCAUCUUUGUUCUUCACUGUUUGUAAAUCAUUUUGAAAAUGGAGGUUUACUAAGGAUGCAUAAUUUCCAAAUGUCAAUCAACUGGUGUGGCUAAACCUUAAAGCAUUGCUAUUCAAAGUAGUGGAUCCUGGACUGGCGCUGAUCCUUGAGUAAUUGGCUGCCAGUCUUUGGUGAGUCUCCAGGAAAUAAAGUAACAAUUUUAGUCAAUGCACACAAACUUAGUGCCUGUUUCUGGCACACUGGAAAACAAUAAUUGCCAGUCCUCCCACAUCAGACAGCCUGAGAAGCACUGCCUUAAAGGAACCGUCUAAGGUAGUGGUUCUAAAACUGUGGAGCAGGAUCGGGGAGAUGGGGAAGAAUUACUCAAGGAGGGCAUGAAACAAGGUUGGCCCUGAUCUCUCCUCCUCCUCAUUCUUCUCUUCCUCCUUCUCUACUUCCCAAACUUUUUCUGCCCUGGAAGAGAAGAGAGGACACUUGGAGACUGCUUAAAGGAGGAGGAGAAAGCAAGCUACUUCCUUCCAAAAUGUUAAGAUGUAUAUACAUGAACUGUGAAUGAAAAUAUGCACACUAAAUAAAAAAAAUAUUUUUAUUCAUA